UAAAACUUAACAAAUCGAGAGCAAAGGUUUUAGUCGGUUACAGAGUUUAGUCCUGUGCGGUUACGUUUAAGGUAUGAACUGGUGGUGCAAACAAAUCGCGGAGGCAAUUACAUGCAACGAGGACAAGAACGAAUUAGGCGAAUAAUUACGAUUAGGAUGUUCUCAGCUAUGCUAUUAAAGAGACGAAGUACUUAAUGUUUAUAUUGCAAACUACUAUAGCUGGAGCAUAAGUACGGUCGUUUGAUGCGGCUAUGUGGACAACAGUUUUAGCCGAUUUCAACAUAUAAAUUAUAAAUACAUACAUAUAUACAGUGACAAGAAAUAGUUAUAACGAAAAUAUCUAUCAUAGCGAUAAACGCGUGACAACAAAUAAUUUUUCGUUACUGUGUAGUAGUGGUGGCGGCUCCAGUUAAGACAACUCCCGCGGAAAUAGUAUUGACGCUGACACUCGCUCAAAUUGCGGUUGUUACGAGCACGCUGACGAGGUCCAUAUUGUUGACAGCGCCUGUGGCGUCGCUGUUAGCUGCCUAAAGCCAAACACUUGUCAGUCAACCAAGUAACUUAACCAACAAAUAAAAAAAAAAAUAUUAUAAACCAACUGCCGAAAUGCGGAUUGUUGUCGAUAUGUAUGUUUACCUACAUAUAAACAGCUAGAAGCGUGUGCGUGUCGCGGUUUAAUUUUUUGCCAAUAAGGUAGGAAUUUCGUAUGCUUUAUGGUGCGAAUAGUGCUCGUUAAUGGUUCGUAUACAUUUCUAUUUGUCGAGUGCGCCUGUGAUUUGCAACAACAAUUGACAUAAAGGAUCCCAUAUUUAAAUUAAAGUGGACUAUUUUUUAUAUUUUUUUUGUCUUCUCAAUGUAAACAAUUCAAUUAAAUUAUAAAGCAGAAUUUCGCUCAAAUAAACUUAAAAAAAUGUAUUCAGUGAUAAAAAAUGGACUUCGCUUCAGUAAAAAUAUUGGGUACUGCUAAACCAAAGAUAAGGGAAUAAGUUUGUAUACAAAUGCAAUUACAUAUUUGCAAGAACAACCAACAUUAAGCGAUGACGAAAAAACUUGCAAUGAGAAAUAGUGUGCUUCAAAAUUAUAUGCCAAUAAAAUAAACCAAUCCAAUGUAGAAUAUGCACCAGCUUUAGCGUAAACAAAAUAAAGAAUGAAAUAUUUUACAGAAUUUUGCCUGCAUACAAUACAAUGAAACCUAUGUAUGUACAUAUGUUCAUAGUAAGUUUAGAAGAAUUUCAAUCGAAAAUAUAAAGCAAUUUUAAUGUAACGCAAAUUGAAAGAAGAACCUGUGUGUAUGGGUGAAAACGUGACAGCAGUCAAACAAGCAAAAGCAGCAAAACAGUAAUUGUUGAAUUUUUAUUGAAUACGAUCUUUGUGUACUAUAAGUUUUAGAAAAUACUUAUGUACAAAAAAGGAAACGAAUCGUUAUGCCAAUACGAAUGACGAAAACAAAAGUAUUCAACCAUUUCACAUACAGCAGUGAAAGUAGUAUGUUAACAAGCGCAGUUGCCGCUAUUGGAGUCAAGUGGAUAUUCCUGUGUUCCUGUUUUACACUAUUCGUUACACCAAAGCAUGGACCGAUACUAACCGGUGGUCGGCCACGAUACAGUAGUGAAGACACUGUCCGUAUGAACUGCACAUCGGGGCCAUCAAAGCCAGCGUGUCAUCUUAGUUGGUUAAUUAAUGGCAUACAUGUGAACCGAACAUUUCUGCGGCAAUACGAUCCUGUCAUUGUCGGACGCGAUGGCUUAGAGGUGGCACGAGUGGGACUAGAAUUCCGCGUCAGAAGAAAAUAUUUCAAACACAGCGAUAUGAAGGUGAAGUGUGUUUCACGAAUAUCUUCUUUAUAUUGGCAAAGCAGUGAGGAAACUGCUACAUAUGAAAAACCUCAGAAGAUACCUGUGCUCGAGUCACGAGAAACGGUAGUCACAAAAUCAAGAUUGCGCGACAAAGCAUUCGGAGAUAAUCAACUUAAAGAUGGCGGCUCUUCAUCAGCAGCCAAGUCAUCUGCUAUGCUACUUCUUCUUUCCCUGCCUACGCUAGAAGCUAUAUUGCCACUCUUAUUCGAGUUUCUAUGUCAAUAUUGCCAAUUUAAUAUUAAUGAACGCCAACGAGGCCAUCGAACUUUGGCGUAUCAUGGUUACUGCAAUUAUUCGGAUGGCAGAUGAUAAUGAGCUAUGGAAAAUUAAAUAUGAUUGCAAUGACCAAUUUCAACAGCAUCAGCUCAGCCGUCGUCAUGGAUUCAUAUAAAUUGUUAAAAGUGUAUAACAUCUAUUUUUUGUUGUGAAUUAUGUAUUUACUUUUUCUCAAAUAGUCGUUAGCAAGGCAUAUUCAACAACGUAGAAGUGAUUUCGACAGUUGUCUCUUUUGGACUGCGACUGAAUUGUCAAACAUAGAUCAAAAUAUUUCAAAUGUUAUUAAAAAAACAACAUUUUAAAUUUUUCGUAUUUUUGGCUACCAUGACAAAAACAUUUAAAGGUACAACCUCUCGUUCAAUUUCUCCGCCAUAAGGUUUUUUGACGUUUGCUAGCAUUUUAAGUACACUCUCUCGAAAUGAUUUAAAUGUCAAAUAAAUUCAAAAUAGACAAAUGAAAA